AUGAUUCCCGUGGCCGAGUUUAAGCAGUUCACGGAGCAGCAACCUGCCUUCAAGGUGCUGAAACCCUGGUGGGAUGUGCUGGCAGAAUACCUCACUGUGGCCAUGCUCAUGAUUGGGGUCUUCGGCUGCACCCUGCAGGUGACCCAGGACAAGAUCAUCUGUCUGCCUAGUCACGAGUCUCGGGAGAAUCAGUCGGAAGCCCCGUGCCAGCAGCUGCUCCCGAGGGGGGUCACAGAGCAGGGGGACGGCCUGCGGGAGGUCAGCGGCCUCAAAAACAACCUGGACCUGCAACAGUAUAGUUUCAUCAACCAGCUGUGCUACGAGACGGCUCUGCACUGGUACGCCAAGUACUUCCCCUACCUGGUGGUCAUCCACACGCUUAUCUUCAUGGUGUGCACCAGUUUCUGGUUCAAGUUCCCGGGUACCAGCUCCAAGAUCGAGCACUUCAUCUCCAUCCUGGGCAAGUGUUUUGACUCGCCCUGGACCACACGGGCCCUGUCUGAGGUCUCUGGGGAGAAUAACAAAGGCCCUGUGGUCGGCCGGGCGGCAGCAGCGGCAGCGGUGGUCACUGUGACCGGGCCAGGGAAGGCGGCUGAGGGUGAGAAGGAGAAAGUGCUGGCCGAGCCCGAGAAGGUGGUGACUGAGCCGCCGGUGGUCACCCUGCUGGACAAGAAGGAGGGUGAACAGGCCAAGGCCCUGUUUGAGAAGGUCAAGAAGUUCCGUGUCCAUGUAGAAGAAGGGGACAUCCUGUAUACUAUGUACAUCCGGCAGACAGUGCUUAAGGUUUGCAAGUUCUUGGCCAUCCUGGUCUACAACGUGGUCUACGUGGAGAAGAUCAGCUUCCUGGUGUCGUGCCGGGUGGAGACGUCCGAGGUGACGGGCUACGCCAGCUUCUGCUGCAACCACACCAAGGCCCACCUCUUCUCCAAGCUGGCCUUCUGCUACAUCUCCUUCGUGUGCGUCUACGGGCUCACGUGCCUCUACACCCUCUAUUGGCUCUUCCACCGACCUCUCAAGGAGUACUCCUUCCGCUCGGUGCGCGAGGAGACGGGCAUGGGCGACAUCCCCGACGUCAAGAACGACUUCGCCUUCAUGCUCCACCUCAUCGACCAGUACGACUCGCUCUACUCCAAGCGCUUUGCCGUCUUCCUCUCCGAGGUCAGUGAGAGCCGCCUCAAACAGCUCAACCUCAACCACGAGUGGACGCCCGAGAAGCUGCGACAGAAACUGCAGCGCAACGCGCGGGGCCGGCAGGAGCUGGCACUGUGCAUGCUGCCGGGCCUGCCGGACACUGUGUUCGAGCUGGGCAGCGAGGUGGAGGCGCUGCGGCUGGAAGCCGUGGGCGACAUCACCUUCCCCCCUGGCCUCUCCCAACUGGUCCAGCUCCAGGAACUCAGUUUGCUGCACUCGCCCGCCCGGCUGCCCUUCUCCUCGCAGAUCUUCCUGCGGGACCGCCUCAAGGUCAUCCGGGUCAAGUGCGAGGAACUCCGGGAGGUGCCCCUCUGGGUGUUCGGUCUGCGGGGGCUGGAGGAGUUGCACCUGGAGGGGCUCUUCCCCCCGGAACUGGCGCGCGCCGCCAACUUGGAGAGCCUGCGGGAGCUGAAACAGCUCAAGGUGCUGUCUCUCCGGAGCAACGCGGGCAAGGUGCCGGCCAGCGUGACCGAUGUGGCCGGCCACCUGCAGCGGCUCAGCCUGCACAACGACGGGGCGCGCCUGGUGGCCCUCAACAGCCUCAAGAAGCUGGCGGCGCUGCGCGAGCUGGAGCUGGUGGCCUGUGGCCUGGAGCGCAUCCCCCACGCCGUCUUCAGCCUGGGCGCGCUGCAGGAGCUGGACCUCCAGGACAACCACCUGCGCUCCAUCGAGGAGAUCCUCAGCUUCCAGCACUGUCGCAAGCUCGUGACGCUCCGGCUGUGGCACAACCAGAUCGCCUACGUCCCCGAGCACGUGCGCAAGCUGCGGGGCCUGGAGCAGCUGUACCUGAGCCACAACAAGCUGGAGACGCUUCCCAGCCAGCUGGGCAUGUGCUCGGGCCUCCGCCUGCUGGACGUGGCGCACAACGGGCUGCGGGCGCUGCCCCCCGAGCUGGGCCUGCUCCAGAACCUGCAGCACCUGGCGCUCUCCUACAACGCCCUGGAGACGCUGCCCGAGGAGCUCUUCAGCUGUCGCAAGCUGCGGACUCUGCUGCUGGGUUACAACCAUCUGAGCCAGCUCUCGCCCCAGGUCGGGGCCCUCCGGGCUCUCAGCCGCCUGGAGCUCAAGGGCAACCGCCUGGAAGGGCUGCCCGAGGAACUCGGCAGCUGCGGGGGGCUCAAGAGAGCCGGGCUCCUGGUGGAGGACGCCCUGUACGAUGCUCUGCCCGCCGAGGUGCGGGACCGGAUGGAGGAGGAGUGA